AUAAUUCAUUCUAUUCAAAAAAAUAUCGACAUGAAGGUCCUUCAAGCGCUAUGGAUUUGGAUUUUAUUGAACCCAUUACAGCCAAAUAUUUCGUUAAACAAAAAAUCACAAAGAAAUCUAAAUCAAGUAAUACUGCAAACGUUGAUGAUCAAUUAUCAAUGCAAGAAAAAUCUUAUAACCUGGAAAAUGAAUUUAAGACAAGAUUUGAUGAAUUAAAAACUAUAUUAAAUAAUUUAAAUAAUCCAAAAUAA